GUAGUGUCAAAGCUUUUUUAUUUUUUGUCAAAAGGUUAAAGAUAUUUUUGUUUGUAGAUUUCGAAUUCUUUUUGUCAACUUUUUGGCUUUUUUCUCUAGGAAGAUUUAUUAGAGAUAAAAAUAGCAUCUUUGUGUGAGACGAAUUACUUCUUUUCGUGUUAAAGAGUCAUGAUUAUUCAGUGUGAUAGUAAACCGGCGUUAUAAGUUCCAGUAUCAGUAAUGUCUUUGGACCCGGAAGCCACUAGUACUCCUACUAUCGUUCCUCGUAUACAAGGACGUAAAACUAUUAGACCAGAAGAAAGAGAUUCAGAUUCAAUACAGAGUCCUAUAACUCCAGAUAGCGUAAAACAUUUUUAUGAGACCAGAUCAAGAUCUAGAUCUUAUGAAAUAUCGGGUUCCCCAACAAAGGCCAAGAAUUCUAGAAGAAAAGAUGUAAGUCCAAAUCGAUCUGAUUCAUCUGAUUGUGAUGGAACCGAAGAAGAGAUUUAUGAAGAAAAUAAAUUGUUUAAACCACAUACUUAUGCUUUACAUAAGGAAACUGACAAUUAUGUGAAAGAUAGUGAAAAUAACAUGUGGAAAAAAUACACUUUACUUGCUUGUAUAGUUGGAAUUACUGGAUUAAUAAUAUGCUUUGCCAGUGGACAUAAUGUAGAACCUCGAAUCAAAUUGCCAGAUAUAUGUGAUUCUUUACAUAAACUGUUAAAAACCCAAGAUGCUGAUUUUUGUCUUAAUAUUAAUGUAACAUUAGAAGAAAUAGCAAAUUUAAAUCAGCCCAAAACAGUUAUGUUUUUAUAUGAACAUGACUCUGAACCGACACUGAACAAAAUUAUAAACAGCAUUAUUAAGUAUUCUUUAUGCUAUUUAAGUGACUGUUCAAACAGUCCUGUUGUCUUAGAAGGAUUGUCUUUGAAGAAAUCGAAGUAUGAAAAUGAUUAUGGAAAAAUUAUAGCAGAAAAUAGAGAUAGCUUAAGUGAGAGUAAAGUCAUGCUUGUCAGGAACCUAGAAAAAGUAGCUGGUGAAUCAGCUCAAGCAUUUCACAGUUUUUGUGAUGAUUACAAUCCAGUGGUUCAAGGAGCUUUGAUUAUAUUCACAAUGGAAGUAGAUGAAUUGCCUCAUGUUCAACCUCAAAUUUUUGUUAGACAGACCUUGUUAAAAUUGUGGAGUGAUAUUGGUAAAGAUGAUAAAUUUGAUCCACUUAUAACUAGAAUAGGUGGAACAGUUUUACCCAUAAAGUCUGAUUGAUUAUGUACUUAUUUUAUGUUUUAUAUAUAAAAAUAAUAUUGUUUUUUAAAAAUAUUUAAAUUAAAUUAUUAUGCUGUGAAGACUACUCUCUAUUUUCUUUGAAAUUUUUGUAGGACAAUAUUUUUAAUUCAGGUGGUUCAGUUUGAUUGUUUUCUUUAGGAACAAAAGCUUUUUGAUAGUACAGAUCUAGAACAAAUAACAUUUUAGAUAUUUUACUUAGCAAUCUCUAAUUUAAGAAGUUUUGUUUACAAUUUUUUACUCAAUAUUUGGAAUAAAAUAAUGUUUUAAUUCUU